AUGAAGUUCGCACUCCUUCUCGCUUUCACCGUGGCCGUCGCUGCCUCGGCUCAAGACCAAGUUGUCCCAGCCAAAGUCGCUUGCGGCUAUGAGACCCCUCACCAUGGUUUCGAAAUCCUCGGGGGAAAGGAAGCCAAAGCCGGCAAGCACCGUUAUGUGGCUGGGCUCAAGAAGUCGUCCGAUGGUGAGACCGUCGUUGACGUGGGCAUCGUAAUCUUGGACCGCAACAUCACGAGCAUCCAACCUGUGAAGCUGUUGUUUAAUUUCGUUCCGGCGGGGGUGGACACUUGGGCACGCGGCUGGGGCUUUGUCACUAGUGAUGGCCCCAAAUCGCCAGUGCUCAAGGAGGUCAGCCUCAAGACCUGGAGCAACGACAGGGCCUCGGAUGCGCUCAAGUCCUUCGAUAAGCCAGUGACCGACACGAUGUUGGCUGCUGGAGGGCUGGAAGGAGAAGACGCGUGUAAUAGCGAUUCGGGGGGACCGUUGACCGUCGAAGUAAGCGCUGGCGUGCGCUUGCUGGGGGUGGCCAGCUGGGGCGAUGGCUGUGGUCUGCUCAACAAGCCAGGUGUAUACGAACGCGUCAGCGCUUCUCGUGCCUUCAUUGAACCGUACUUGCCAAAGUAA